AUGGCCAUAUGGAGCUCCGACUUCUCCCUGGCUUCCAUCCCUUCUCGCAAAUCCCUCCCCAGAACUUCUCUUUCCAUCUCAACUUCUCAUAGUUCAUCCAUCACCUUCUCCUCCAAAAGACAUAGAAUCCUCAAUGUCAACUUCUCCAAUUCUCCUUCCCAUCUUCUUGAAGAGGCGGCGAAUGGUGUCCCAGUUAUCCAAGUCCCCUCCAAUUCUCCAGCCCGACAACCGUCUCCCAUCUCAGACCUUGACCUCACUAACGAAUUCAUCUGCGGUUUGUGCAGGGUUCCUCAAACAGAAGCUCUCGCCUUCGAAUACUAUCAAAAAGCCAGAAAACAACCAAAGUUUCAUCCAGACCGCAGGACUUUCAAUCUUUUGAUCCGGAUUCUGCUCAAACAUAAGCAAUGGGGCUCCAUCUCAGCUCUAGUAGAAGAUUUUGGUGUCUUCAAUUUGUUUCCAGAUCGAUCCAUGUGUACUAGAUUGGUCAGUGGUUGCGUUAAAGCGAGAAGGUUCAAGCUUGCCGAGUCUUUGCUUCGAAUUCUCGCAACCAGGAAGGGGACGACUGCCAUCUCAACUUUUUGCUCCGCAAUGCAUGGUUACAACAAGCUUCAUAUGCACAAUUGUACGGUUUCAGUGUACGAUCAGGUGAGGAUGGCUGGUCUUCCUCUAAACUCUGGCUGCUAUCGCUGGAUCAUGGAUGCAUACCGGAAGAUGGGGGACACUGAGAAUGUGCUUGCCCUGUUUCUCGAGUUUGAAUCGAAAAGUUGGAACUCGUUGGCUAUUUCUGUUGAGAUUUAUUCGAUCUUGUUGGAUUCGUUGGGUAGAGCAGGAAGAGCUUUUGAAGCUUUUAAAUACUUCAAAGAGAUGGAAAAGAAGGAAAUACAGCCCAAUCCUUCCAUCUAUUCUUCACUUAUUUGUUCCUUUGCAGGGACUAGAGAGGUGGAGAUGGCAGAAGACCUCCUUCAAAAAGCCCGAGAGAAGGGAAUGGUGAGAGACUCAUCUGUCUUUAUGAAGCUUGUGAUGAUGUAUGUGGAAGUGGAGCUGGUAGAGAAGACAAUUAGGAUUGUGGAGGCGAUGAUGGAGAUGGGACUCAAGGUACCAGAUUGCAUUUUAUGUGCAGUUGUUAAUGGCUUUGCUAAGAAAAGAGGACUUAAGGCUUCGGUCUGGGCAUACGACCAAUGCAUCUUUAAUGGAUGUGAGCCAGGGCAAGUGACCUAUGCUUCCAUCAUUAAUGUCUAUGGCCGUUUGGGGCUCUUCCAGAAGGCAGAGAUGGUGUUUCUGGAGAUGAUGGAGAAGGGGUUCGACAAAUGUGUGGUUGCCUACUCGAAUAUGAUAUCGAUGUAUGGGAAGGUUGGGAGGGUGAGGGAUGCUAUUAGGCUUUUGGCCAAGAUGAAAGAGAAGGGAUGUGAGCCUAAUGUUUAUGUUUAUAAUUCUCUCAUAGACAUGCAUGGAAGACGCUUGAACCUAAGGCAGGUGGAAAAAGUUUGGAAGGAAAUGAAACGAAGGAGAGUAGCACCAGAUAAGAUUAGCUAUACAAGCAUUAUUAGUGCAUAUAACAAGGCUAGAAAAUUGGAUGAGUGCAUUAGGUUUUAUGAAGAGUUUAAGAUGAAUCGAGGAAAGGUUGAUAGGGCUUUGGCUGGGAUAAUGGUUGGUGUUUUUUCGAAGGGUAGUAGGUUUGAUGAGUUAGUCAAGCUACUGCAAGACAUGAAAUCCGAGGGGACGGGGUUGGACGAGAGACUCUACGAGUCAGCCUUGAAUGCUUUAAGAGAUGCAGGGUUGCAAGUUCAUAUGAAGUGGUUUGAGAAGAGUUUUGGUUUGAAAAAGAUAGACUUGAUGGAGGAGUGA